CAGCCAUGGCCCCUAAGGUGGAAAACAAGCAAGGCAAGACCAAGCCCAGCGACAGGGCUGGCGCUGCUGCCAAGGCAGUCUUGAAGGGUGCAGGCGCGCACAAGUCUCGCAAGAUCCGCACUUCCACCACCUUCCACCGUCCCAAGACCCUUCAGCUCUCUCGGUCGCCCAAGUACCCCCGCAAGUCGAUCCCUCAUGAGCCCCGUCUCGACGCCCACAAGGUUGUCCUUUACCCUCUCAACACUGAGAGUGCCAUGAAGAAGAUUGAGGAGCACAACACCCUGGUUUUCAUUGUGGACGUCAAGGCGAACAAGAGACAGAUCAAGCUGGCCCUCAAGAAGCUGUACGAUGUCGACACCGUCAAGGUCAACACUCUCGUCAGACCCGAUGGAUCGAAGAAGGCUUUCGCUCGGCUAACCCCUGAUGUGGACGCUCUGGACAUUGCUGCCACCAAGCUUGCCAUUGUCUAGAUAACGGUUUUCUUUGGGUCUGGGCGAAUUUUGUUGUUUUGCG